AGAGAGAACAGCAAGAACAGAACUGAUGCCAUAUCGGAAUUGGAAAUAUUAACGUGAUGAAAAGUGAACGAACAAGUGAAUAAAUGAAAAAAUAACAAAUGAGGAAUGACAAGAUAGGAAAAGAAGGAAGGGAAAGAGAGCGGAGGGACUGGGGAGGAGGAUGAGACAGGAGAUAGAGACCAACAAACUGAUGACUAUGGAUCACACUUUUUUUUUGCUGAUUUUCAUCACGAAGGUGGAGCAACAGAAGUGGAUAAUGAAUGUACUUGGAAAGACUACAAAAGGAGGAAGACGAAGGGGAAGAGGACAACGCCCACACACUCACCCACACACCUGCGUUCCACCCACGCACGGCGACACUGUCUUGCCGCGCUUCCCACGCCUCGCCUCUCAGCCACAGCCACGACUCUCGCUGCUUUGCUCCGCUGUUUCAAAACCUUAACGAAACGCUGCGCAUUCCACCUUUCCUUAUUUAAUCAGAUCCGCGCCCACUUGAGCAUCAGACGCCCACCUCACUCAACACUCACAUAAAUAAAAAUAAUAAAGCGUCACUGCAAUAAUUGUCACGCCUUCCUUCCUUCCUUCCUUAUUCUUCAUCGACAAGAAUUCCAGGAAAGUGUCAUUUCGAAACCCUGUCCCCUUACCCGAGUAUUGACUGGCUGAUGCAUCAUGGCUUUAUGAACGCGCUCAUUGGUAGAAAAAGCAUUGCAAGUAAUUACUUGAGUGGUUCACGCGUCUCAAUGCGACUGUUUGAACUCUUCCUGACUGACCAACCACUGCUUGCUAUUCACAGCUGAAAAGAUCGAUUACGUGAACACCUGAGGAACAGCAAAUGGAAAAUGGACACGUGAAAAUUACUACCAGUAGCAGCAGGUACUUCACCUCUUGCUAUCGUCCUACAGCUGCCCUGCAACCUGGCCUCUCCAAAUAAUGGCCGUGGCGACAUCUGCAGGAUGACUUCACUUCCUGUCGCUCUCUGCGGGGCUUGUAGCGUGCACAGUACACACACACACACACACACACACACACACACACACACAGACAGACAUACACACGACAGUCAUGAGGAGAGUCUCGCCAUGCUCACUGCUGCCGCUGCUGCUGCUCCUGGCGCUUAGUCCUGGAAACGCACCAAGCCCCACCCUGGCCCAGGACUGUAGUGCUGCCGACAUGGUAGUGAAGGAAGGACAACCACAAGUCAUCAAUACCACACAAGUCAUCAGGAACGGUGAACGAUAUGAAGGUCAUCUUACGUUGUUUCUGAAGCCUGAGAGCGACUUUGAGGGCGUCCGUCUUGAUGUGCAGGCAAGUAACGGCACUCACCACACUGCCUGGUUCCCUGCAGAGGAGGAAUGUUUCCCGCGUGAUGGCACGUGGCGGGAAUUCGAGGCGCGAACAUGGAAAACCGAGAAUGGGUUUUAUUUGGGCUUUAUGUCUGGUAGAUGCUGGAAGGAGUGCUGGAUCAAGAUUUUCCAGAUAAGCCUCAAGAGCCUCAGCGUGGUGGCGUACGGCCCGUCCAGGUGGAGAAAUGAAAAGCCACCCAAGGGUUGUAGCGUCACCUUGGUAAGGCUUUCCCUGCGCAUUCAACUGCCCGUCUGCCAGGUGGCUCCAUCUACCACCACCAGGACCACAAACGCCACGACCACCAUCGCCACGACCUCAGGGGAUAUUUGGACUUCUAAGCCGACACAUGACAACAUAAUAAUCAUAGCGUUGUCAGCAGUAGUAGUGUUGGUGAUGGUGGUGCUGGUGGCCGUAGUGGUGGUGUUUUGUAAGAAGCGAAGAUCUAUGCCAUUACCAAAUGAGGUGAGGUUCCAGCCCGAGCCUGCCGUCGUCAGCCGUCCCCUGCAGUCCGCAUCCGGCCAGGGAGGCAUUUCAGACCAAUACCAGGAAGGCUUUUAUUACCAAAUCCUGCCUGACCACUCAGCACAUCGAGUGAUGGUGUCGCAGCCUGUACAGUCCCAGCCUGCCGUCCCCAGCCGCCGCCUGCGGUUCACCCACGGCCAGGAACGCAUCCCAGACCAAGAUGAGGAACACAUCUAUUAUGAAAUCAUGCCUGACCUCUCAGCACGCCGAGUGGUGGUGCCGCGGCUUUCACACGACGACGUGCUGCCUGAACUUGCCAUGCGACUUCGCUCACCUUUUUACGAGAAUGUGUCUCCUGCUGGGGGUGGUGUCUUCCCUCACGGGCACCUAGAGGCUCCGGGAGUCCGUGGGUCACACCUAUACGCCACGGUGCUGUAGGCAACAUGCGCUGCAGGCUGGAAAAUACAACCAGAAGGCUGUGAGGAAACCGAUUUCUCUGUUUUGUAAAGGAGCAUUAGUAAACAGGGUGUUCCCUCAACGUCAAGCAAGGAACACCUCUCUUUCUCUCUCUCUCUCUCUCUCUCUCUCUCUCUCUCUCUCUCUCUCUCUCUCUCUCUCUCUCUCUCUCUCUCUCUCUCUCUCUCUCUCUCUCUCUCUCUCUCUCUCUCUCUCUCUCUCUCUCUCUCUCUCUCUCUCUCUCUCUCUCUCUCUCUCUCUGCCCUGGUUAUAGUACAACACUCGCGUGCUUCUUUCCUCUCGUAUCUUUCGUCACAAGUUAACGAAGUAGAUGAAAAGGAAAGGAAAGACAUCUUGAAUGUCUGUACAUACAGUUUCAGUUCUGUCUUGCUUUACAAAAAAAAAAUCUUGGUUUUAAUGAUUCCACUGCAGAACAUAAGAACGUAAGAAAUAAGGGAAGCUGCAAGAAGCCACCAGGCCUACACGUGGCAGUCCCUGUAUUAAAUAUACCUACCUAUUUCCACCUAUCAUCACCAUCCAUAAUUUGUCUAAUAUUGUUUUAAAGCUCCAUAGUGACUCAGCACUAACAAUUUGAUUACUGAGUCCGUUUCAGUCAUCUACCACUCUAUAUGAGAACCAAUUCCUUACUAUCUCUUUUUUAAACUUAAAUUUUUCAAGCUUGAACACGUUUUUUUGUUGUUCCAUCCUGGUUACUGAUAAUUAAAAUUUUGCUUACG